AAAAAGUAGCAGCUCGAGCUCCUUUGACAAUCCCGACAGAAAAUCAGACUACGACUGAACUUCAACGUUGUCGGUUUAUAAAUCAGAACGGAGAAAAAAAGUUGUAGCAAAAAAAAAAAAAAGAACGAUUAAAAUUGUUAUAAUACGAAAGAAAAAACAAAACCAAAACUCGGAACAAACAAACAAAGAGAAAUCGAAGAAACCGGCAAACAACGCGGAGGAAAAACGGAACAACAACGCUUUUCCCUCCGCUUCAUUUUCCCCUGAAGGUUUUCCGUUUCGUCUUCGUUUUUUGGAUACGCUCGCGUCCACAACGACGGAAGCAUCCAACUAACUCUAUAUGAUGGCCGAUCACUUAGACGAACCGCCCCAGAAGCGGGUCAAAAUGGAUCCAACGGACAUCUCCUACUUUCUGGAGGAGAAUCUGCCCGAUGAGCUGGUGUCCUCGAACAGCGGCUGGUCGGAUCAGCUGACCGGCGGAGCUGGCGGCGGCAAUGGAGGCGGCGGCGCCUCCGGCGUGACCACAAAUUCCACAUCCGGACCAAAUCCCGCCGGCGGUGGACCCAAUAAACCACCAGCACCCGGAGGCCCAAACUCCGGACCCCAAGUGGGUGUCAAUGUGGGCGUCGUGGGCGUGGUGCCUUCCCAGAUGAACGGAGCCGGCGGCGGCGGCGGCGGCAACGGAUCCGGAACAGGCGGCGGCGACGACGGCAGUGGCAAUAACUCCGGUGGUGCCUCCAACAGGAUCAGUCAAAUGCAGCACCAGCAGCUGCAGCAUCUCCUCCAGCAGCAGCAGCAGCAACAGCAGCAGCAGGGACAAAAGGGAGCCAUGGUGGUGCCCGGAAUGCAGCAGCUGGGCAGCAAGUCGCCCAAUCUGCAGUCACCCAACCAGGGUGGCAUGCAGCAGGUGGUGGGCACCCAGAUGGGCAUGGUCAACUCGAUGCCCAUGUCGAUAUCGAAUAAUGGCAACAAUGGCAUGAACGCCAUACCAGGCAUGAACACCAUUGCCCAGGGCAAUCUGGGCAACAUGGUGCUGACCAAUAGCGUUGGCGGCGGCAUGGGCGGCAUGGUCAAUCAUCUAAAGCAGCAGCAGCCAGGUGUUUCGGUGCCUGGAGGUCCAGGAGCUGGUGGCGGACCAGCUGGCGGAGCUGUUGUGACCCCCAAUCAGGGCAUGCACAUGCAGAAUGGACCCAUGAUGGGCAGGAUGGUGGGGCAACAGCAUAUGCUACGCGGUCCGCAUCUCAUGGGCGCCGCCGGAGGAGCCGGUGGUCCGGGUAAUGGACCAGGUGGCGGUGGACCACGCAUGCAGAAUCCCAAUAUGCAAAUGGGUCAACUCAACAGUCUGCCUUAUGGAGUGGGUCAGUAUGGUGGUCCUGGCGGAGGCAACAAUCCCCAGCAGCAGCAACAGCAGCAGCAGCAACUCCUCGCCCAGCAGAUGGCCCAAAGAGGAGGCGUUGUGCCGGGCAUGCCGCAGGGCAAUCGACCCGUGGGCACCGUCGUUCCCAUGUCCACACUGGGAGGCGAUGGCUCCGUGGGAGCCGCUGGCCAGCUGGUAGGCGGCAAUCCCCAGCAGCAGCAGCAGCAGCAGAUGUUGGCGCAACAGCAGGCGGGAGCCAUGGGUCCGCGACCACCGCAACCCAAUCAGUUGCUCGGUCACCCAGGACAACAGCAGCAGCAGCCGGGAACCUCCCAGCAGCAGCAGCAGCAGGGAGUCGGACUAGCUGUGGUGGCCAAUGCAGCGGGAGCAGGUGGUGUGCCAGCGGGAGGAGCAGGCGGCGGAGGAGCUCCUGUCCAGGCCAGUGGUCCCGGUGGCGGCGGCGCCAAUCGUGAUGUUCCCGACGACCGAAAGCGGCAGAUUCAACAGCAACUGAUGCUCUUGCUGCAUGCCCACAAAUGCAAUCGACGGGAGAACCUGAAUCCCAAUCGAGAGGUCUGCAAUGUGAACUACUGCAAGGCGAUGAAGUCGGUGCUGGCCCACAUGGGCACCUGCAAGCAGAGCAAGGACUGCACCAUGCAGCACUGCGCCUCCUCGCGCCAAAUCCUGUUGCACUACAAGACCUGCACGAAUAGCGGCUGCAUUAUUUGCUAUCCCUUUCGCCAGAAUCAUUCGGUUUUUCAAAAUUCCAAUGUGCCACCAGGUGGAGGUGGAGGAGGUCCAGCGGGAAUAGCAGGAGCACCGGGAGGAGGAGGAGGAGCUCCAGCGGGAGCAGCAGCUGGAGGAGCAGGUGGCUUACAACAGCAGCAGCAACAGCAACCCAAUCUCACGGGUCUCGUGGUGGAUGGUGUGAAGCAGGGACAACAGCAACAGCAGCAGGUUGCCCCAGGCGGAGUUGGUGGCCAAAACACAGCCAUAGUUCUUCCCCAGCAGCAAGGAGCCGGCGGAGCACCAGGUGGUCCCAAAACCCCAGCCGAUAUGGUGCAACAGUUGACGCAGCAGCAGCAGCAGCAACAGCAGCAGCAGGUGCAUCAGCAGCAAGUGCAACAGCAGCAACAGCAACAGGAACUCCGUCGCUUUGAUGGCAUGGGCCAGGUGGGAUUAUCCCCCGUCCCCGCUGGUGGAAUGCAACAGCAGCAGCAGCAAGGAUUGCCGCCUGUGAUUCGCAUGCAAGGCGCUCAGCCGGCUGUCCGGGUUCUGGGACCCGGUAAUCCCGGCGGUAAUCCCACAAAUGUCCUGCCCAACGAUGUGAAUAGCCUCCACCAGCAGCAGCAACAGAUGCUCCAACAGCAGCAGCAGCAGGGGCAGAACCGACGACGCGGUGGCCUGGCCAACAUGGUGGAGCAACAGCAACAGCAACAGCAGCAGCAGCAGCCCAAUCCCGCCCAGCUGGGUGGUGGCAACAUUCCAGCACCACUUUCCGUCAAUGUCGGUGGCUUUGGCAAUGCCAAUUUCGGUGGUGCAGCCGCCGGCGGAGCGGGAGUAGCCAAUGACAACAGCAAACAGCAGCUGAAGGUGGCCCAAGUGCAUCCGCAGAGCCAUGUGGUUGGAGGAUCGGGUGCCGGAGCAGCUGGAGCGGGCGCAGGAGCAACCGGCGGAGGCGGUGGUCAAGUGGCAGCCGGUGUGUCCAGUGUCCUAAUGCCAGCCGAUACCACGGGAAGUGGUAGUGGAGGAGGUGGCGGCACCGCUGGUAAUCCCAACCAGAAUCCAGGAGGAGGAGGCGGACCAGGAGGCGCCGGUGGAAACUCCAAUGCCCCGGGAGACAACGAGAAAGACUGGCGGGAAUCGGUUACCGCCGAUCUGCGCAAUCAUCUUGUCCACAAACUCGUGCAGGCCAUCUUCCCCACCUCGGAUCCCACGACCAUGCAGGAUAAGCGUAUGCACAAUCUUGUUUCCUAUGCGGAAAAGGUCGAGAAGGAUAUGUACGAGAUGGCCAAGUCCAGGUCGGAGUACUAUCAUCUGCUGGCCGAGAAGAUCUACAAGAUACAGAAGGAGCUGGAAGAGAAGCGGCUGAAGAGGAAGGAGCAGCAUCAGCAGAUGUUGAUGCAGCAGCAGGGCGUAGCGAAUCCGGUAGCGGGAGGGGGAGGAGUAACGGGAGGAGCAGCAGCAGGAGGAGGAGCAGGAGCUGGAGGAGCAGUUAUCCCCCAGCAGCAGCAACCCCUGCAGGGCUGCAUUCAUCCGAGCAUCAGUCCCAUGGGCGGUGUAAUGCCCCCGCAACAAUUGCGUCCACAGGGUCCACCUGGCAGCAUUCUAGGAGUCGGAGGCGUUGGAGGCGUCACCAAUAAUAUGGUGGCCAUGCGCAGUCAUUCGCCUGGCGGCAAUAUGCUCGCUUUGCAGCAGCAGCAGCGCAUGCAGUUCCCCCAGCAACAGCAACAGCAGCAGCAGCAGCAACCUCCUAACUCGGGAGCUGGGAAAAUGCUGGUCGGUCCACCUGGACCAAGUCCCGGUGGCAUGGUGGUCAAUCCAGCGCUAUCACCCUACCAGACGACCAAUGUUCUGACCAGUCCAGUGCCGGGACAACAGCAACAGCAGCAGUUUAUCAAUGCCAACGGCGGCACAGGGGCAAAUCCUCAGCUCAGCGAGAUGAUGAAGCAGCGACACAUUCACCAGCAGCAGCAACAGCAACAGCAGCAGCAACAACAGCAGCAGCAGCAACAGCAGGUGCAACAACAGGGAAUGUUGCUGCCGCAAUCGCCCUUCAGCAAUGCCACACCCCUGCAACAGCAGCAACAGGCGACUAGCAACAGCUUUAGUUCGCCAAUGCAACAGCAGCAGCAACAGCAGCAGCAGCAACAGAAACCUGGCAGUGUUCUCAACAACAUGCCGCCCACGCCCACGAGUUUGGAGGCCAUGAAUGCGGGAGCGGGAGCGUCAGGAGGAGGUGCCUCCAAUGUAACCGUUUCCGCGCCCAGUCCAUCGCCUGGCUUCCUCUCCAACGGCCCCUCGAUUGGCACGCCCUCGAACAACAACAACAAUAGCAGCAGCAGUGCCAACAACAACCCGCCAUCGGUGAGCAGUUUGAUGCAACAACCGCUAAGCAAUCGUCCGGGGACGCCACCCUACAUACCCGCCUCUCCAGUGCCGGCGACCAGUGCCUCCGUCGGUCUGGCGGCCAGCAGUACGCCCGCCUCGGCAGCAGCAACGUGUGCGAGUAGUGGAAGCGGUAGUGGGAGCAACAAUAGCAACAGUGGAGGAGCCACUGCAGCGGGUGCAAGUUCCACUUCAUCCUCUGCUUCCUCGGCGGGCUCUGGAACGCCACUUAGCUCGGUUUCCACGCCAACCACAAGCUCUACAACGACGCCUGCUAGCAAUCCAAUGCUCCUCUUGUCGGGAGGAGCGGCAACGGGAUCCGGAGGAGCCACAACUACAACGACAACAUCCUCCAGUAGUCGCAUGAUGAGCAGCAGCAGCAGUCUCUCCUCACAGAUGGCCGCUCUGGAGGCGGCGGCGCGGGACAAUGACGAUGAGACGCCCUCGCCGUCUGGGGAGAACACCAAUGGCAGUGGUGGAAGUGGUAAUACAGGCGGUGGCAUGGCCUCCAAGGGCAAGCUGGACUCGAUUAAGCAAGACGAUGAUAUCAAGAAGGAGUUCAUGGACGACAGUUGCGGCGGGAAUAACGAUAGCUCGCAAAUGGAUUGCUCGACGGGCGGUGGAAAGGGAAAGAAUGUGAAUAACGAUGGGACGAGCAUGAUCAAAAUGGAGAUCAAGACGGAGGAGGGUCUGGAUGGCGAGGUGAAGAUCAAAACGGAGGCCAUGGAUGUCGACGAGGCCGGAGGAUCGCAGGCGGGCGAGCAUCAUGGUGAAGGCGGUGGCGGUGGUGGCGCCGGCGGCGGCAAGGAUAACAUCAACGGGGCCCACGAUGGUGGAGCUUCGGGCGGUGUCGGUGGUGGUGUGGAUAUUAAACCGAAGACGGAUACGAAACCACUGGUGCCGGAACCACUGGCUCCGAAUGCGGGUGACAAGAAGAAGAAAUGCCAAUUCAAUCCCGAAGAGCUGCGCACCGCUUUGCUGCCAACGCUGGAGAAGCUCUAUCGUCAGGAGCCCGAAUCGGUGCCCUUUCGCUAUCCCGUCGAUCCCCAGGCUCUGGGCAUUCCCGAUUACUUUGAGAUCGUCAAGAAGCCCAUGGACCUGGGCACCAUACGCACCAAUAUCCAGAAUGGCAAGUACAGUGAUCCCUGGGAGUAUGUGGACGAUGUUUGGCUGAUGUUCGACAAUGCCUGGCUGUAUAAUCGCAAGACAUCGCGGGUCUAUCGCUAUUGCACAAAGCUCUCUGAGGUCUUUGAGGCGGAGAUUGAUCCUGUGAUGCAGGCACUCGGCUAUUGCUGCGGCCGGAAGUACACGUUCAAUCCACAGGUGCUCUGCUGUUACGGCAAGCAGCUCUGUACGAUUCCAAGGGACGCCAAGUACUACAGCUACCAGAACAGUCUAAAGGAAUACGGUGUCGCCUCAAAUAGAUACACCUACUGCCAAAAGUGCUUUAACGACAUCCAGGGCGAUACGGUCACACUGGGCGACGAUCCACUGCAAUCGCAAACCCAAAUCAAGAAGGACCAGUUCAAGGAGAUGAAGAACGAUCACCUGGAGCUGGAGCCGUUUGUCGAUUGCCAGGAGUGCGGACGCAAGCAGCACCAGAUCUGUGUCCUCUGGCUGGAUUCGAUUUGGCCCGGCGGCUUUGUGUGCGACAACUGCCUGAAGAAGAAGAACUCGAAGCGGAAGGAGAACAAGUUCAAUGCGAAGCGCCUGCCGACCACCAAGCUGGGCGUCUACAUCGAGACGCGGGUGAAUAACUUCCUCAAGAAGAAGGAGGCGGGCGCCGGCGAGGUGCACAUCCGUGUCGUAAGCUCAUCGGACAAGUGCGUCGAGGUGAAACCUGGGAUGCGGCGGCGUUUCGUCGAGCAGGGCGAGAUGAUGAACGAGUUUCCGUAUCGGGCCAAGGCCCUGUUCGCCUUCGAGGAGGUCGACGGCAUCGAUGUCUGCUUCUUUGGCAUGCACGUCCAGGAAUACGGAUCCGAGUGCCCGGCGCCGAAUACGCGGCGUGUGUAUAUCGCCUAUCUGGACUCGGUUCAUUUCUUCCGGCCAAGACAAUACCGCACAGCGGUCUAUCACGAAAUCCUGCUCGGCUACAUGGACUAUGUGAAGCAGCUGGGCUACACGAUGGCCCACAUUUGGGCCUGUCCGCCGUCCGAGGGCGAUGACUACAUCUUCCACUGCCAUCCGACGGACCAGAAGAUCCCGAAGCCCAAGCGCCUGCAGGAGUGGUACAAGAAGAUGCUCGACAAGGGCAUGAUCGAGCGCAUCAUACAGGACUACAAGGACAUUCUCAAGCAGGCGAUGGAGGACAAGCUGGGCUCCGCAGCCGAGCUGCCCUACUUCGAGGGCGACUUUUGGCCCAAUGUGCUGGAGGAGAGCAUCAAGGAGCUGGACCAGGAGGAAGAGGAGAAACGCAAGCAGGCCGAGGCCGCCGAGGCGGCAGCUGCAGCGAAUCUUUUCUCGAUCGAGGAGAACGAGGUCAGCGGCGAUGGCAAGAAGAAGGGCCAGAAGAAGGCCAAGAAGUCAAACAAAUCUAAGGCGGCGCAGCGCAAGAACAGCAAAAAGUCCAAUGAGCACCAAUCGGGCAACGAUCUCUCGGCCAAAAUCUAUGCGACGAUGGAGAAGCACAAGGAGGUCUUCUUUGUCAUCCGUCUCCAUUCCGCCCAGUCGGCAGCGAGUUUAGCGCCCAUCCAGGAUCCCGAUCCGCUGCUCACAUGCGAUCUUAUGGACGGACGCGAUGCCUUCCUCACCCUCGCCCGCGACAAGCACUUUGAGUUCUCGUCGCUGCGGCGGGCACAGUUCUCCACGCUGUCCAUGUUGUACGAGCUGCAUAACCAGGGCCAGGAUAAGUUCGUCUACACCUGCAACAAUUGCAAGACGGCGGUGGAGACUCGCUUCCACUGCACCGUCUGUGAUGACUUUGAUCUGUGCAUCGUGUGCAAGGAGAAGGUCGGCCAUCCGCACAAGAUGGAGAAGCUCGGCUUCGACAUCGACGACGGCUCUGCGCCGGCGGAUCACAAGCAGGCGAAUCCGCAGGAGGCCCGCAAGCAGUCCAUCCAGCGUUGCAUUCAGUCUUUGGUCCACGCCUGCCAGUGUCGCGAUGCCAACUGCCGUUUGCCAUCGUGCCAGAAGAUGAAGCGCGUCGUUCAGCACACAAAGAACUGCAAACGAAAGACGAACGGCGGCUGUCCCAUUUGCAAGCAGCUCAUCGCCCUCUGUUGCUACCACGCGAAGCACUGUCAGGAGCAGAAGUGCCCCGUGCCCUUCUGUCCCAACAUCAAGCACAAGCUCAAGCAGCAGCAGCUCCAGCAGAAACUCCAACAGCAACAGUUGCUGCGUCGUCGUGUGGCUCUCAUGUCCCGGACAGCUGCCCCGGCCGCUCUGCCCGGUCCCGCUGCAGUUCCAGCCAUCGUUUCCGGUGGCGGAGGAGGCGGCGGCGGAGGCGGAGUACCCGUGGUCGGAAUGUCCGGCGUGGCGGUUAGCCAACAAGUUUUACCCGGCCAGGCGGGCAUAAUGCCGCCGGGAGCGGGCGGCAUGUCGCCUUCAACAGUCGCAGUGCCCUCGCCCGUUUCUGGAGGAGCUGGCGGAGCCGGCGGCAUGGGCGGAAUGACCUCACCGCAUCCGCAUCAACCGGGCAUUGGCAUGAAGCCCGGCGGCGGUCACUCACCGUCGCCGAAUGUCCUGCAGGUGGUGAAGCAGGUCCAGGAGGAGGCGGCCCGUCAGCAGGUCUCGCAUGGCGGCAACUUUGGCAAGGGCGUUCCAAUGGCGCCGCCCCAGAUGAAUCGCCCGAUGGGCGGCGGCGUCGGCGGCGGAGGACCCAAUCCGAAUGUGGUCAAUCAGCUGGGCGGCAUGGGUGUCGGCGUAGGAGGCGUCGUUGGAGGAGUUAACGUUGGAGUUGGAGGCGUAGUUGGCCAACUGGGCGCCGGCGGCGGUGGCAAUCCCGGCCCCGGUGGCCCAGGAGUUCCCGGCUCCGGCAACUGCGGCAUGAAUGUCAAUCACCUGCUCUCCAUGGAUCAGUGGGGCGGCGGUGGCGGUGGAGGAGGAGGAGUAGCCGGCGGAGCAGGCAAUCCUGGCGGUGGUAAUCCCCAGGCACGCUAUGCCAACAAUGCCAGCGGCAUGCGACAGCCGACGCAGCUGAUGCAGACGAAUCUGAUACCGCAGCAGCAGCAGCAGCAGCAGAUGAUGGGCGGCCUGCCCAAUCAGCUGGGCGGUGGCCAAAUGCCCGUCGGCGGCGGAGGACAGCAUGGCGGAAUGGGCGGCAUGGGAGGAAUGGGAGCACCGCCAAUGGCCGGAACUGUUGGCGGCGUACGUCCGCCGCCGGGAGCAGGAGGAGGAGGCGGCGGCGGCGGCGGCGGAGGAGGAAGCGGCACUGGUGGUGGCCUGAAUACCCAGCAACUCGCACAGAUUAUGCAGAAGAUCAAGAACAAUCCCACCAACGAGAGCAACCAGCACAUACUCACCAUCCUCAAGCAGAAUCCACAGAUCAUGGCGGCGAUCAUCAAGCAGCGCCAGCAGAGCCACCAGUCGCAGAUAAAUGCGGCGGCGGGUGGCGGAGCGCCCGGUGGUCCCGGCGGUGGAGCUUUGCAGCAGCAGCAGCAGGCGGGCAAUGGGCCGCAGAAUCCCCAGCAGCAGCAGCAGCAACAACAGCAACAGCAGCAGCAGCAACAGGUGAUGCAGCAACAGCAGAUGCAGCACAUGAUGAACCAGCAGCAGGGCGGUAAUCCGCAGCAGAUGAAUCCCAACCAGCAGCAGCAGGUUAAUCUGAUGCAGCAGCAGCAGCAGGGAGGACCCGGAGGACCGGGUGCUGGGCAACAGCAUCGCAUGCCCAACAUGCAGAACGCGAUGAUGCUGCAGAGCCUUCCGCCCAACAUGUCGCCCGGUGUCUCCGCUCAGGGAGGAAUGGUGCCCAACCAGAACUGGAACAAGAUGCGCUACAUGCAGAUGAACCAGUACCCGCCACCGUAUCCGCAGCGCCAGCGUGGUCCGCACAUGGGCGGAGCGGGACCCGGUCCCGGCCAGCAGCAGUUCCCCGGCGGCGGUGGCGGCGGCGGCGGAGCGGGCAACUUUAAUGCGGUGGGCGGUGCUGGAGGCGCCGGCGUCGUUGGAGUUCCCGGCGGAGCGAAUGCCGUGCCCGGUGGCGAUCAGUACUCGAUGGCCAAUGCGGCGGCAGCCUCCAAUAUGCUGCAACAGCAGCAGGGCGUUGGAGUGGGAGUCGGCGUGGGAGUUGGAGUCGGAGUAAAGCCCGGUCCCGGCCAGCAGCAACAGCAGAUGGGCGUGGGCAUGCCGCCGGGCAUGCAGCAGCAGCAACAGCAGCAGCAACAGCAACCGCUGCAGCAGCAACAGAUGAUGCAGGUGGCCAUGCCGAAUGCCCAGAAUGCCCAGAAUCCGUCGUCGGUGGUCGGCGGCGGUGGUGGACCCAAUGCCCAGGUGAUGGGUCCCCCGACGCCGCAUUCGCUGCAGCAGCAGCUGAUGCAAUCGGCCCGCUCCUCGCCGCCCAUUCGCUCGCCGCAGCCGACGCCAUCGCCGCGUUCGGCGCCCUCGCCUCGAGCCGCUCCCUCCGCCUCGCCCAGGGCCCAGCCCUCGCCGCAUCAUGUGAUGAGCCAUUCGCCGGCGCCGCAGGGGCCGCCGCACGAUGGAAUGCACAAUCAUGGGAUGCAUCAUCAGUCGCCGCUGCCCGGAGUUCCACAGGAUGUGGGCGUAGGCGUCGGCGUGGGCGUCGGAGUCGGAGUGGGCGUGAAUGUGGGCAACGUAGGCGGUGUGGGCAAUGCCGGAGGAGCCCUGCCCGAUGCCUCCGAUCAGCUGACCAAGUUUGUGGAGCGGCUCUAGUGCAGCAACAGCAGCUGGUAGCAGCCGUAGACUGAAGAAUGGUAAACCAGAGAAACCAGACGACCAACAACAGCAACAUCAUCAUCAGCCAGCAGGGAUCACCAGUGUGUGUUAAACUUUAACGACUAUUACGCAACUAUAUUCUAUAUAUUAUAUAUAAUUAUCUAUUUUUUUUUUAUCAAAAACCGCACCCCUAAUUGUAUAGCGUUAUUCAUAUAAUUAAAUCAACAACUAUCACACCUAAUUUGUACUAUAGACUAAGAUAUUUCGCCCAGCCCUUUAUUUUUAAGUCUAGGACAAAAUUUGAACAAAGCAUUAUGAUUCGAUUUCCAUGUUAAGGCCCGCGUUUAAGCAAAUAUAUAUAUCAUAUAUUUCAUAUGCCCUAUUAACACACA